CGUUCCUAAUCUCUUUCUCUAUACCUUACCUUAAAAAAUGCAAUUUUAUUAAUUUUUGUUACACUUAAUACUCAUUACAAUGUGGUAAAAAUACUGUAUAAGAUAAUUUUGAUGGUACAUUUUCUUUUACUUAAUGCCUACAAAUACAAUUUACGGACAAAAAAAGAAAAAAAAAAUUAGAAUUGAAGACCAUCUAAUAACAAACAGGAUGAGAGAAAGAAUUAAGGAAGAAUAUGUGACAACUGACAACCUUUGUAAUAAAAAUUGUUAUCCUUACCCAUGAAAAAUGUUGUAUAUCAUUCAAUUGCUAAAUAAAGAAAAUUUGAACAACAACUUUUGCGUGACAGACUCUCUCCUUCCAACCAAACAAUCUCUAUAAACCUUUCACCCAUAUUCUUUAUUACCUUCAAACUUAAUUUUUUUGUAAAACAUAUUUGUAUAUAUUUUUCUCUUGGAACCUUCUUAUAUAUUUUCCAUCCUCUAAACCAUAACACAAUUUCUAGCUAUAUAUGGGAUAUAGUUUCAAUUUAAUAUGCAUAAAUAAUUAAAUAUCAAUCUUAACCUAAACACAACAAUGUACACAUUUAUGACAUUUAUUAUACGAACAUAUUGGCGCACCAAUAACCUUCCCAACUUCCAAACUACUCCAUUUCUGGCCAUUUUAUGCCUAACUGUACCCCCUUUUUCCUUUUUAUUUUUUUCUUUUUUCGUUUUUCCUUUUCUUUUUAUUUAUUUAUUUAUUUUUAAUUGUUGAAAUUUAUUUAUUUUUAUGGUCUACACUCUUCACCUGCUUUUUGCCUCACAUUACUCCAGGUAGGCGGUAGCUCUUGGUUGUAACUUAUAAAUUUUUGUAUUUUUUUUUUUUGUUGUUUUGAUUUUUUAAAUGACUUGUUACAGCUUCUUGCCAUUUGACAGCUUGCUAUAUAUAAAUUCCUUAUAAGUAUGCACUUAUCAUUUGUGUCAGUCCUCCUAUCUAACUAUCUUACUACCCCUCUUUACCAAAUAACCAAAAUAGCUACAAAAAAAAACUACCUUAAGCUAAGGUCAUCAUGGACCAGCUUAAACCAAAACGAGCUAAUUCUAUCCCACUCACCCCAUUAACACUCUUAGAGCGAGCCGCCAUUGUGUACGGCGACUCGCCGUCCCUCGUAUACAAGGCUACCACGUACACGUGGGCUGACACCAACCAGCGAUGCCUUCAGAUAGCUUCUUCUAUUACUUCUCUAGGUAUCAUGCGGGGCGACGUCGUGUCAGUCGUCGCCCCUAACGUACCUGCAGCCUAUGAGCUACAUUUUGCGGCCCCUAUGGCAGGGGCCGUGCUUAACAAUAUUAAUACUCGUCUUGAUCCUAGGACAAUCUCCGUCCUACUACGUCACAGCGAGUCAAAACUUGUGUUCGUGUAUUAUCAACUUCAGUCCCUUGUCUUGGAGGCUAUAUCAUUACUCCCUGCCGAGCACCCACGUCCUAUUUUAGUACUCGUUACAGAUAACGAAUACGACUACGACCCCGUCACGCUUAGAGACGAAACCCUCAAAGCUAAGCUUGGUGAUAAUAUCUGCCACCCAAGUAAAGAGUUUCAAACGACAUACGAACUUAUGGUUAAGAAUGGUGAUCCGGGUUUUAACUGGAUCCAACCCGAAAGCGAGUGGGACCCGAUGGUGUUAAACUACACCUCCGGAACGACGUCGUCCCCAAAGGGUGUAGUACAUUGCCACCGUGGCUCGUUCAUCACUAUGAUGGACUCGCUCGUUGAUUGGUCAGUUCCGAAGCAGCCCGUCUACUUGUGGACCCUACCAAUGUUCCACUCCAAUGGGUGGGGAUUUACUUGGGGUAUGGCGGCAGUUGGUGGUACUAAUAUUUGUCUGAAAAAAUUCGACGGCGCAACCAUUCACGCCGCUAUCCGGGCCCACCAAGUCACCCACAUGUGCGCGGCACCAAUUGUCCUCAACAUGCUAACCACCCUUACCUCCGACCCGGGCCCGCUUUCCUGGCCCGUUCAUGUCCUAACGGGCGGGUCACCCCCACCCGCGCCAAUCCUCCUUAGAGCGGAGUCACUCGGGUUUGUUGUAGGUCAUGGGUACGGACUCACCGAGACAGGCGGGGUGAUCGUUUCAUGCGCUUGGAAAGCACAGUGGAACCGUCUCCCCGCCCUUGAACGGGCCCGACUUAGGGCUCGUCAGGGAGUCCGGACCAUCGGAAUGACUCGGAUAGAUAUAAUAAAUCCAUACACAGGACAACCUGUCAAGCGAGACGGGAAGACCGUUGGAGAGAUCGUCUUUCGAGGUGGGUCCAUUAUGUUAGGGUAUCUUAAAGACCCUGAAGGUACUUCUAAAUGCAUGAGAAAUGAUGGUUGGUUUAGAACAGGUGAUUUAGGUGUAAUGCAUAAAGACGGGUACUUAGAAAUAAAAGACCGUUCUAAAGAUAUUAUCAUAAGUGGUGGUGAAAAUAUUAGUAGCGUCGAGGUUGAGAACGUGUUGUAUACUUUCCCCGUGAUCAACGAGGCGGCCGUGGUGGCUAAACCGGACGAGUAUUGGGGUGAGACACCGUGUGCGUUCGUUAGCUUGAGGAAAGGGUUGAAAGAAAAACCAACGGAAAGAGAUGUUGUUGAGUAUUGUAGGUCAAAAAUGGCACAUUACAUGGUGCCUAAAAAUGUUGUGUUUAUGGAAGAUCUUCCUAAGACUUCAACAGGGAAAAUUCAAAAGUAUUUACUUAGGAAAAUGGCUAACGAUUUGAGUAAAGAUGAAACUAGUAUUUCUACUAGUACAUCAUUGGCUAGUCGUUUAUAGAAUAAUACUUUACUUAUUUUUAUGUUGUUGCUUUGUAUAAUGAUGAUGAUUCUUUUAAUUAGGUUUAGUUGUGAUUUAUUUUUCAUAAACCUCUUGUAUUUUAUAUUUUGGGUUCUUUUGCAAAUUGGUUGCAAUUUCAUAAAUUUGACAAUAUGUUUUUACUUGUUCA